UGGGCUGGAGGAACGGACUUCAGGGGACCCCGGCGGAGGGCUCUGUGCAGGGUGUUAAGUUCCUUUGUCGGAGCCUGCCCGAGUGUGUUUGGUCUGCACAGGAGCGGCCGCGGCGUCUUCGGUGCGGAGAUCCCGGGCACGGCCUUCCAUCCGCGGGUAGCAAAGGCUGAGUCUCGGUGAUUUCUCUCUGCUGACGCGGUGGUCUAGGGGCGCCCGCGACCGCAGAGCCCUAGUGGCAGUUGUGGGGCCCGACUGUAUACAAGUUUUGUAAUUCUUUGGGGAAAUUUUUCCCGAAGUAUUUUAUUCUUUUUGAUGCUAUUGGUGAAUGAGAGGGAAUCCCCACACUGAAGCAGUACUGGAAAGAGUUACACUGGGGAGGCAGCUGGAGUGUCAAGAUGCUGUCAAGACCAAAGCCAGGGGAGUCCGAGGUGGACCUGCUGCGCUUCCAGAGUCAGUUUCUUGCAGCUGGUGCAGCCCCUGCGGUACAAUUGGUGAAGAAAGGAAGUAGGAGAAAUGGCGACAGUAAACCGGACCAGCCUCCAAUGCAGGAUCACCGGGAUGUGGUGAUGCUGGACAAUCUCCCAGAUUUACCCCCAGCCUUGGUUCCUGCUCCCCCGAAGAGAGCCAGGCCCAGCCCCAGCUGUCCCCUGCCUGAACAUGAGGACCCUGAAGAGAGGCUGAACAGGCAUGAUCAGCACAUCACUGCUGUCUUGACUAAGAUUAUUGAACGAGAUACGAGUUCAGUGGCUGUGAAUCUGCCUAUGCCCAGUGGUGUUGCUUUCCCUCCUGUAUUCCAUCGCUUACAGGGGAGACAGGGGAAGGCAGCAACAUCUGGUAAGAGAAGCAUCUUUGCCCAAGAAAUUGCAGCAAGGAGAGUGUCUGAAGCCGGAGUCCCACCAGUUAGAGAAGUUGUGUCUACCCUGGACCCACCAGAGGGUGCUGUGACCUGUGAGGCACUCACACCUAGGGAGCAGGGCAGCCAGCUUCCCUGUGGCAGCUACAGCUUCCAGGGACCCCAUCUGGUCACAGGGAAGGGGCUCAGGGGCCAGGAGGCUGAGCAGGAAGCCCAGAUCAUCCAUGAAGAAAAUGUAGCGAGACUGCAAGCCAUGGCUCCUGAGGAGAUCCUGCAGGAACAGCAGCGGUUGCUGGCUCAGCUUGAUCCCAGCCUGGUUGCCUUCUUGAGAUCUUGCAGCCACACCCACGUGCAAGGAGAGAAGGCCGCAGAGGAACAGAGGCCAGGAGGCCCCUCUGUUGAGGUCACUGGAGAGGAGCCCAUCCUGCCAGCUCGUCAUGCCAGUGAGCCCAGGCGGGAAGAUGAGCAGGAGCCAGGAGCCCCAGCUCUGGCACUGCCCAUGACCCCCCACAAAGAAUGGCUGCACAUGGACACUGUUGAGCUGGAGAAGCUCCAUUGGACCCAAGACCUGCCCCCACUCCGGCGGCAGCAGACGCAGGAGAGGAUGCAGGCCCGAUUCAGUCUUCAGGGAGAGCUACUGGCCCCCGACGUGGACCUUCCCACCCAUCUGGGCCUGCACCACCAUGGAGAGGAGGCGGAGAGAGCAGGGUACUCCCUUCAGGAGCUGUUCCAUCUGACGCGCAGCCGGGUGUCCCAGCAGAGAGCACUAGCACUGCAUGUGUUGGCCCAGGUCAUCGGCAGAGCCCAGGCUGGUGAGUUUGGGGACCAGCUAGUGGGCAGUGUCUUGCACCUCCUUUUGGAUGCUGGUUUCCUCUUCCUGCUGCGCUUCUCCCUGGAUGACAGAGUGGAUGGGGUCAUCGCAGCUGCUGUCCAGGCUCUUCGGGCUCUGCUGGUGGCUCCUGGAGAUGAGGAGCUCCUCGACAGCACCUUCUCCUGGUACCAUGGAGCUUUGGUGUUCCCUCUGAUGCCCAGCCAGGAGGACAAGGAGGACGAGGAUGAGGACGAAGAGCCCCCAACAGAAAAAGCAAAAAUGAAGAGUCCUCAGGAAGGAAACUGGCCUCCAUCUGACCUGGCCCGACAUGAUGUCAUCAAGGGGCUUCUGGCCACUAAUCUGCUGCCUCGGCUGCGCUACGUGCUAGAGGUGACCUGCCCCGGACCUUCUGUGGUCCUUGACAUCCUGGCUGUGCUCAUCCGCCUGGCCCGGCAUUCCCUGGAGUCAGCCACAAGGGUCCUAGAGUGCCCUCGGCUGAUAGAGACCGUGGUUCAAGAGUUCCUGCCCACCAGCUGGUCCCCCAUGGGGGUGGGGCCUACCCCCAGUCUACACAAAGUGCCCUGUGCUACUGCCAUGAAACUGCUUCGUGUCCUGGCCUCGGCUGGUAGGAAUAUUGCUGCCCGGCUGUUGAGCAGCUUUGAUCUCCGGAGCCGCCUGCGCCGCUUUAUAGCUGAGCCUCCGCAGGAACUGGCCUUGCCCCUGGAGGAAGCCGAGACUCUGAGCACCGAGUCCUUCCGUCUGUGGGCUGUGGCCGCCUCCUAUGGCCAGGGUGGUGACCUUUACCGGGAGCUAUACCCAGUGCUGAUGCAGGCCCUGCAGGCUGUACCCAAGGAGCUCAGCCCCCACUCCCCUCAGCCCCUAUCCAUGCAGCGGAUAGCCUCGUUGCUCUCUCUCCUCACUCAGCUGACCCUGGCAGCCAGCAGUACUGCCCCUGAACGCAGCAGUGACUCUGCUGAGGCCAGUCUGUCGGCCACCUCUUCCUUGAUCACUUGGACACAGGUGUCUGGGCUCCAGCCUCUCGUGGAGCCAUGUCUAAGACAGACCUUGAAGUUGCUGCCCAGACCUGAGAUGUGGAGUGCCCUGGGCCCGGUGCCCACUGCCUGCCUGCUCUUCCUGGACGCCUACUACCAGGCCUGGAGCCAGCAGCCAAGCUUGUGCCCAGGGGACUGGCUUCAGGACAUGGAGGGCCUGUCAGAGGAGCUGCUGCUGCCCUUGCUGAACCAGCCCACUCUGGGCAGCCUGUGCGAUUCCCUUGGGCGCUGCUCCCCUCUCUGCAACCCGCUGUCCUGUGCUCCAGCCCCUGAAACUCUCUCCAGCCUCGUGUCACUGGGCUGUACAGGAGGCCGCCCCCCUCUCAGUCUAGCUGGCUCAGCCUCCCCCUUCCCGUUUCUCACUGCCCUCCUCUCUCUUUUCAACACCCUGGCCCAGAUCCACAAGGGGCUAUGUGGCCAGCUGGCCGCCAUAUUGGCUGCCCCAGGACUCCAGAACUACUUCCUCCAAUGUGUGGCUCCUGUGGCUGCUCCACACCUCACACCCUUCUCUGCGUGGGCCCUGCGCCAUGAGUACCACCUGCAGUACCUGGCACUCACUCUGGCUCAGAGAACGGCAACACUCCAGCCAGAGCCGGCCACAAAUGCUGUCCUCCAUCAUGGCGUGGCCUUGGCCCUGCUGAGCCGGCUGCUGCCCGGAAGCGAGCACCUCGCCCAUGAGCUACUGCUGAGCUGUAUAUUCCGGCCAGAGUUCCUCCCGGAAAGAGCUUCAGGGGGUCCUGAGGCAGCUGACUUCUCUGACCGGCUGUCCUUAGGGAGUGGCAGGGACCCUGGGUGUGGACGAGGGCCUCAACUAGCUCAGGCCUGCCAGGACCUCCCCAGCAUUCGCAGCUGCUACCUGACCCACUGCUCACUGGCCCGAGCCAGUCUGCUAGCCUCCCAGGCCGUGCAUCGAGGGGAGCUACAGCGAAUCCCAGCCCUGCUGCUCCCUGUGCCUAAGGCGCCACUGCUGCCCACUGACUGGCCUUUCCUGCCAUUGAUUCACCUCUACCACCGGGCCUCAGACACUCCCUCGGGGCUCCCUCCUGCUGACACUGUGGGCACAGCCAUGCGGGCCCUGCAGUGGGUGCUAGUCCUAGAGAGCUGGCGCCCCCAGGCCCUCUGGGCUGUACCUCCUGCUGCCCGCCUGGCACGGCUCAUGUGUGUGUUCCUGGUGGACAGUGAACUGUUCCGGGAGACCCCAAUACAACAUCUGGUGGCAGCCCUCCUGGCCCAGCUCUGCCAGCCCGAAGUCUUGCCAAACCUCAACUUGGAUUGCCCACUUCCUGGUCUGACGUCUUUCCCUGACCUCUAUGCCAACUUCCUGGAGCACUUUGAGUCUGUCUCUUUUGGAGACCACCUCUUCGGGGCUCUGGUACUCCUUCCCCUGCAGCGUCGGUUCAGCGUCACCUUGCGUCUCACCCUCUUUGGGGAGCACGUGGGAGCCUUGCGAGCUCUGGGCCUGCCUCUGACCCAGUUGCCUGUGUCCCUGGAGUGCUACACAGGGCCUCCUGAAGACAACUUGGCCCUCCUUCAGCUCUACUUCCGGGCCCUGGUUACUGGUGCACUCCGUCCACGCUGGUGCCCCGUGCUCUAUGUUGUGGCUGUGGCCCAUGUCAACAGCUUCAUCUUCUCCCAGGACCCAAAGAGCUCAGACGAGGUAAAGGCUGCCCGCAGGAGCAUGCUGCAGAAAACUUGGCUGCUGGCAGAUGAGGGUCUCCGGCGGCACCUCCUCCACUAUAAGCUUCCUAAUUCUGCCCUCCUAGAGGGCUUUGAGCUCUAUCCCCAGUUGCCGGCUCUGCGUCAGCAGUACCUCCAGAGACUGACCUCAGGGAUGCUCCAAAAUGGGGGAUCAGAGAUCUAGUAUAGCUACUACAGAUGAAGAGAUGGAUGCAUUCUCCUGGGGUUCACCAGCAGAUACCUGGCCAGACAGAAGGGCUUUGUGUCCUACGGGUGGGCAGGAGACAAAGGAGCAGAAGGCUUGCCUUCCUGGAAGCAGGCUGUAUGAACUUUUCUGGAGCAGGGUAAGCCCUACCCUUAAAUCCUGAUAUCUGGAGCUCAGGAUCUGGGGCUUCUGAGGGUCUGUGCUGGGAGUGAAGGGUGACUUAGCUACUUAACUCCCUCUUGGGGACAAGGCAAAUUUAGUAUCCCCGCCCUCCUCCCCAGCCCCAGGCCAUGGUAUAUGAAUGCUAUAGCUGUGCAUUGAAAUAAAAAAAUUUUUUAUCUCUUGGGAA